AAGAGAAAGUAUGGGGAUAGUGGUUUCUGACGACGACGGGCACGAGGAUAUAUAAUAAGGACGCUCCUUGUAUUUUCCACAUUCAAAUUCUAAGUCAGAGAGAUAAUUGUGUUUCAGAGAGAAUUUGAGAAAGAGAGAUGGUAGGACCAGAAAGACCUCAGUUUGUGCUGUUUGGUUCGUCCAUCGUACAGCUCAGUUUCAGUGAUGGCGGCUGGGGCUCAAUUCUUGGUGAUUUGUACUCUCGUAAGGCUGACAUAGUUUUACGAGGAUAUUCCGGUUGGAAUUCAAGGCAUGCUCUUCUGGUUUUAGAUCAAGUUUUUCCAGAGGAUGCUGCUGUUCAACCCUCUUUGGUCAUAGUCUACUUUGGGGGCAACGAUUCGGUAAAGCCUCAUCCAUCUGGCCUAGGCCAACAUGUGCCACUUCCUGAAUAUGUUGAAAAUAUGAGAAAAAUUGCUAUUCAUCUCAAGGGUCUUUCAGAGAAAACCCGCAUAAUCUUUCUUACUGCUCCUCCCAUCAACGAAGAUCAAAUUCGUGAAUUUUAUAGCAGCGACAGCUUUUUCGGUCGAACAAAUGAGUUGUGCAGAGAAUAUUCAGAAGCUUGCUUAGAGCUGUGCAAAGAGAUGGAUAUCAAGGCAAUUGACCUGUGGACGGCAAUCCAGAAAGGAAAAGAUUGGCAAAGCACUUGCUUUUUAGAUGGAAUACAUUUUUCAGCUGAGGGGAGCAAGGUGGUAGUGAAGGAAAUACUAAAGGUGCUCAAAGAGAAAGAUUGGGAACCAAACUUGCACUACAACUCAUUGCCUGCUGAAUUUGGAGAGGAUUCACCAUACUAUCCACUUAGUUCUGACGGGAAGACAACUUUGAACUUGUCCGAGUUCAGCUUUGACAGAAUCAUAUACUGGGGAAUACAUGAUGAAAACGAUUAAGCAGUCUUAAUAUUUGUCAUCAAUAAGACAUUAACUGUGUUCUUGCCACAAUACUCCAAUGAUUUUCGCAAAAACUUUGCUUUUCUUUCUUUAACUUGAUUGUUAUAAGCAAACGUGAACAACAAUAUGGGGAAGAAGGGGUGGUUAAAGGAAAAAAAAGAGCUUACAGUGGGUUAUGGGCCGUCCGCUUGGUGGUUGCCCAUAUGUUGCGGUCAUUGUUGGAACUAUAAUAGAGUUGGGACUUGGGAGUUUUAGAUGACUAUUGAGCAACACAAUUUGUCUUUUCAAGUUGAAAGAAUUUUUGAGGGAAAAAGUAGUUUUAAUCCUUGAUUCAGUUCAUUUAUGAACUUUUUGAGCAAACAGCAAUAGAAUUUUUGA